UGCUUGCCUUGCUGCCGUGACAGUACUGUACCUUUUUCUGCGUCUGUUGAUCUCUUAUUGCUCUUUGAACAAUUUUACUCUUGAAAUUUUCCUUGGAUUCCAUUGUACAGUCCCGGGCUGAGAGCACUGGGACCAAGCAUCUAGUAUCAGACCUCCUCGUUACCUGGUCAGAGUAGACAGAUAUUUUGAGGUUCCUAACCAAGAUGUCUCUGAAGGUUCAGACCAGCAACGUCACGAACAAGAACGACCCCAAGUCCAUCAACUCACGCGUGUUCAUCGGUAACCUCAACACAGCGGUGGUGAAGAAGAUGGAUGUGGAGACCAUCUUCUCGAAAUAUGGCCGCAUGCUGGGCUGCUCUGUGCACAAGGGCUACGCCUUUGUCCAGUACGCCAGCGAGAGGCAUGCCAGUGGGGCUGUUAUUGGGGAAAAUGGACGAAUGCUGGCGGGACAGACUUUGGACAUCAACAUGGCGGGGGAGCCCAUGCCCAACAGACCCAGAGGGCAAGACAUCAACAUGGCGGGGGAACCCAAGCCCAACAGACCCAAAGGGCUGAAGAGGACUGCCACUGCUCUCUACAGUGGGUACGACUUUGAUUAUCACUACUACAGAAAUGAAUUAUAUGGCAGGCUGUUUGAGUACCGGGGCAGAGUGUCGCCAGUUCCUCGAGUGGUGCCAGUUAAGCGGCCUCGCAUGGCCAUGCCCCUGGUGCGCCGGGUCAAGCCUUUGCCCGUCAAGCUGUUGGCACGCGCUUCAGUCCUCCCCGGCAGCACCAUCAAGCAGAAGUCGGUGAACUCCAACGAGCUACAGGAUAUCAAAUCAGAGCUGACUCAGAUCAAGUUCAACAUUGAUGCGCUGCUCGGCCGACUGGAAAGGAUCACAGAGGACAAACACAUCGCUGCUGAGCUACGGAAGUCAGAGGACAACAAGAGUGAGGCGUUUCAGGACGAGUCAUGCUCAGACACAGAGGAGCUGGUAGACGAGCCCCAUAACAGUGAUGUGGAGGAUGGGGAGGAGGAUGUCACACAGAAUGAGUGUGAAGAGGACGACAUGGAAAACAACCACCUAUCAGAAAUGGACUCCAACCUGCAAUAAAAGGCA